AUGAAGUGGGAUCCAGCGUCCCUUGAGUGUCCAAGCCUGUAUAAAGCCUGCUUGGUGUUCCAGUCUGCUGUCCCAGACCCAGUCAGUGGUACCCUCAACCACACAGACACACUGCUUCUCCAAGGACAGCUAACGUUGUCUCACAGGUGUGCCCUCACGCUGCCCUGCUGUGCAGAGCCUUUUUGGGGUCACCUGUGCCAGACCCCCCAGGUCACAGGGGUCACAGUUCAGCUGGAGAUGCACAUGCUGUGUCAACAGUUUGACCAGCUGGGCACAGAGAUGAUCGUCACCAAGGCUGGGAGGAGGAACAUGAUGAUGUUCUCUACAUUCCAGGUAAGUAUCUCAGGGAUGGACCCUGCAGCGGAGUAUGUGCUGCUCAUGGACUUCAUCCCUAUGUAUGACAAGAGCUCCAGAUAUGUAUUCCACAGCUCCUCGUGUCUGGUGGCAGGCAGGGCCGACGUGGCGCCCCCGGGGAGGAUGGACUUCCACCCAGACUUCCCCGCCAGAGGCUUCCAGUGGAUGAAACAGAUGGUCUCCUUCGACACACUCAAACUGUCCAACAACCUGCAGGAUGACAAUGGACAUGAGCGACAAGCGGUGGUCAGUGCCAGGCCCAUGCCUCACUCUCUGCCCACCUGGCAGCCACAGGAGGGCAGCCAUGAGUUUGGCAGUACGUCAGGAGAGCAGUGA